AUAAAAUCAGUUCUGGACGAGUUGCUACCGUCUAUCACAGGUUGUGACAUCAACUGACCAACAAAUACCUUUAUACCUAGAAGAGACACUGGACUAUGAGCAUCUUCAAGAAGAAAUUAGGUCACAAGAAGAAGGACAAACAUGAAGGACCCACGACAGGAGACGCCAUCCACAAGCUCAGGGACACGGAGGAGCUGCUCAUCAAGAAGCAGGAAUACCUCGAGAGCAAAGUUCAGAAAGAGAUCACCACGGCUAAGCAGAAUGCCACCAAGAACAAGAGAGUGGCGCUGCAGGCCUUGAAGCGCAAGAAGAAGUACGAGCAGCAACUGCAGCAGAUUGACGGGACUCUGAGCACCCUGGAAUUCCAGAGGGAAGCGCUGGAAUCUGCCAGUACCAACACCAGCGUCUUGCAGACGAUGGGAUUGGCCGCCAAAUCGCUCAAAGCUGCUCACCAACAUAUGAACGUAGACAGCGUCCACGACAUGAUGGACGACAUCGCCGAGCAGCAAGACCUGGCGAGAGAGAUAACAGAGGCGAUCAGCGGCGGCAGUCUGGCGUUCGGCAACGACGUCGACGAGGACGACCUCCUGGCGGAGUUGGAGGAGCUGGAGCAGGAGAACCUGGACGAGCAGCUCCUCGACACGGGCGCCCUUCCCUCCGUCCCGACGGCGGCGCUGCCUUCCAGGGCGGAAGCCGGCAGGAACAAGAGGGACAAAGAAAGGGACGACGAUUUCGCCGAACUGGAGGCCUGGGCUUCGUAGGAUUGUCAGACGCCGCUGUUUCCGUCAUCUGAGACUACGCCAAUGCAUGCAAAGGUUGAGCACAACGAGAUACCCCAAUGGAACUUUGUUCUGUGAGAAGCAAUUCCUUGUAACUAUAUAAAAAAAGAAGAUUGCCGUCUACUGUUUUCUAGUAUUACUUUUGUACUUCCUUUGAAACUUGACUGCUAACAAUUUACCGUUGCACGCGCGCGUGUAUUGUGUGCGUGCGUAUGUAUAUCCGUAUCAUUAUAUAACAAUAAUAAAAACUGUACAAUUCAA